AUGGCCAAAGCAGGAGGUUUUGGAAAAUACCAACGAAAGUUAUUAAUUAAAAUGCUGCCGAUUAGUUUAUCAUCAGUGCUGAGUGUUAACACAAUAAUAUACGCUUUGCCAGCGUUCAUUUGUGAAUUUAGUGUUUCAAAAUAUCACCAAGGGUUGCUUUUGUGUGCAAUUUAUAUAGUAAUGGCGUUGUUAAUUAUUCCACGCCAUGUAAAGUUCGAUAUUUUUCACAUGGUUAAUAUAAAUUCGUGGAGAUUAUUCAUAUUAUGUUGUUCCAUUUUUCCUUUUUUGGGACUUCUGAGCACUCUUUUGUUACUCGAAGAAUCGCCAGCUUUUUUACUAGAAGAAGGCAAUUCAGAGAAAAGUCUGAAAAUAUUGCGAAAAAUCUACUCUACAAAUACAGGAAAAGCUCCAGAAACAUUUCCAGUACGUAAGUUGAUGGGUCCAAAAAGGGAAACAGGAACUAUAAGAAGAGCAUCGACUCGAUUAAAACCGCUUCUUCAAGAUCCUUAUGUGUUACCAGUAACGAUAGCUUAUAUUUUUCAAGGAAUCACAAUGGCAGCAUUCAGCGCGAUCAAAUUGUAUCAUACACUUUUAUUCACUGUGUCGGUCGGCGCUGGUCAGUUUGAUAAUGUUACCUUGAGUGAUGCUCAUGCUAAACCAUUCUGUGAGCUGUUCAAAACUCAAGAAAUAUUCUUGAAAUCUGUUCAUUGUACCAAGAUGAAAAUAAACGAUGAAGUUUAUUUAGGCGCCGUGAUAGUUGGAUUUACUGUGUUCAUGUCUUUAUUUGGAACAAAACUUCUCAUUGAACGGUUCAAUAAAAUGGUGUUAUUCGUGAUCGGACAUCUGACUAGUGCCAUUUGCAUGAUCAUUUUCCCGUUCAGUUCUUGGGCUUAUGUACUCAUCCUAAUGAGUAUUUUUUUCGUAUGCAUGCAGAACUGUGUAACAAUAAGUAUCAGUUUGAUAGUAAACAGGGUUCCGCCUUUUAUGAGGUACACUUUCGAAAGAAUUUUUCCAAUUUUGAUGAAUGAUUUGUUCGAAAUAAAUACUUGA